UAUUUGACGUCUGCUGAAACUGCUUCUUUUUCAGAGAAGAGUCCUGCUAUAGAGGUUGAGAUUGGCAAGGAACGUAAACCGAUUAUCAUGGCUGCUGUUACUACCCAAUCAUUCACCAAUAACACUAGAGAGCAACCCCAAUUAGCCCUCGACUGUAAUACACCAGAGAGCAACAACAGUUCAUUGAUCACAACGAAUAGUUUUGGAGCUGCUCAUUAUCAAGGGUUUCCUGCAGAUAUCGAUGAUGAGUCAAACAAUUUCAACAGCAACAGCAAGAUUAAGGAACAAGAAGUUGUUUCAGAAUCCACUCCCGGGUACAGAUUCCUCCCAACAGACGAAGAGCUCAUCGUCUUUUACUUGAAGAAGAAAGUACGGAACCAACCCCUGCCAAUCAACAACAUCGUGGAGGUUAACCUAUAUGCAUAUAACCCAGAAUUUCUUGCAGCAAAAUACAAGGAUGAUCCAGAAGAUCAAUUAUACAUUUUCACUCCAAGAGAUCGAAAGUAUCGAAAUGGAAGCCGGCCAAAUCGAGCUGCCGGUGAUGGAUAUUGGAAAGCCACCGGAGCUGACAGGCAAAUCAAAUCAAAGGGAACCGUAGUUGGGUUUAGGAAGGCAUUGGUUUUUUAUAUAGGAAAGGCUCCGAAGGGUAAGAAGACCGACUGGAUUAUGCACGAAUUUAGAGUCAAGGAUUCACCCUGUAGCGGAAGGGGCUCAAAUGGCAUGAGGUUGGAUGACUGGGUCUUAUGCAGGAUUUAUAAAAAACCUGUUAAAUCAACCAAAACUCAAACUGAUGAUAACGUUCCUGCGAUGGUUGGUUCAACUUCUCUGCAAGAUGAUUAUGAUGGGGGUGAUGAUGAGCAUAUGUAUUGUGGAAAUCUCGAAGCUGCCGCCAUUGCUGAUGUUAAAGUACCAAUAAUUGGUACCAUGGAUAAUAUGCAGAUCACCACCAGUACCUUCCAAAAUUGGUUCCAGCAGCCAGAAUCUGCUCAUGCUCAAUUCAGUAACGCUCAUGCUCUCGGCACAGGGGCUACUUUCAAUGGCUACUUCCAAGCAGUGGAUGGGAAUUAUUAUGCAAGUCCUCUUCCUGCCACGAUGGUUCCACCAAUUGGGUUCAGCCCCAACUGGGUGUAUAAUUCCACAGAUCAGACAGUCUUUGGGUCUAACAAUCUAAAUGAACCGAGUGAACUCCAAGAGGAUUUGUGGAUGAGUUUGCCAUCGCAAUUGGAUGGUAGCAAUUAUAGCUUUUACCCAGAAUGGUAUGAGCAUCUUCCCGGUAGUGACCCAAAUACUAACCCUGAUGGCAGUGACCCAAAUAUUAAUAAACCUGAUGGCAGUGACGAGACGACUGAUCUUUAAUUUGUUGAGGGAACUUAAGUAUUAUUACUGGACUUGACGUUUAUAUAUAUACGAUGAUCUAGCUAGUUUUGGCAGCUUUAGUAUUUGCUUAAUUGAAAUUUUCUACGGAUUGUAGAUGGUUUUAAUUAGGAAUUCAUGCAGAAUGCAUGGCUACUAGCAUAUAUACUUUGAUCGAUAUUGAAGAUUCGUCUCGGCCACACAUAUAUGUAGAGCUUUCUUGGUUGACAAUAAUUGAGUUUUUGUUUAUAUAUCUAAUUUCAUCUGCCUUGUUCUUUCCCUA